AUGACAAGGAAAUUCGUCUAUGGAAUUGCGCUCGUCGCUUUCGUCGCUGCAACCGCAAUGACAUUCGCUUCGAUCUUCAUCCCUGACUGGGUCACCUACGACGCCCCAGGCAAACCCGGAGGAACCUACCACAAAACCAUCGGAUUACACCGUAGCUGCACCACCGGCCACGGUUGUAUCCAUUUCCCAACCCACGAAGACUGCAUGGCGAAAGACCGCUAUUUCUGCUCCAUGUGGCGUUCCAUCGGCUUUUUAAUGUCCUUUGCCGCGGUGCUGGAACUCGCGACCAUUGUGGCCUACAUUGUUGUGCUCGGGGGCGGCAAGCAGAAGAGAGAGACGGGGUGGAAAGUACUCUCGUUUAUGCUGGUUUUGGUUGGGGUCGUGCAGUGUGCGAGCAUGGCUAUUGUGGCCUACCUCUUCGACGAGGAUGAUCGCUUUUUCGUAGGCUGGAAAUUGGAUAAAUCGUGGAUCCUCUGUACUGUCAGUUGGAGUAUCGCAAUUGUUUCCGCCGGCGCAUUGUCAUUGUCCGCCUUCGUUUUCCCGGAAGAGGGUGGCUACGAACUAAUUCCCAGCGAGAGGAAUUACUGA